AUGACCGCUCCCAACUACACCAUCCGUCCCGUCGAACUAUCCGACAUUCCUGCGCUGGGUGACCUUCUGUACACCUCCAAGCUGGCUCUAACUAUCAACCGCCUUUUGUUCAGGAACUGGCCCAAUGAAGCUGUCCAACGGCAAAACUACCUCGUCAUCGGCCAUCUCGCUCUUAACCGCCACCGACCGGUAGAGAAACUGGAACAGUCCCAUGGGCGGACCAAAACGCCGGAUCUCCCAGACUUCUUCGCCCCUGAAGUCGCGACGGCGGUGUUGGAAGCAGUUGCCACGAUUAAAGAAGAAGUAAGGACCACCGACCGCUAUGUUGUCAAGUCUGAAUACCGUCAUCGCGGUAUUGGAAAGAAUUUGAUGGACUAUGUGUUCAAUAAGGCACGGUCUGCGGGCGUACCUGUUGUCGUUAACGCCGAGCCGCAGAUCUAUGGGUUUUUCAAGACAUAUGGCUUCCAAGAUACGAAGCAUGUGGAUUUCGACCUCAUUCAAUGGGCUCCGCCACACUCGGGCUUUGGCAUUUUCAGGCUGGCCGGGUUAAUAUGGCACCCUUGA